AGUGUUCCGGAUCGUACCAUUGCGCAGGCGGCGCAGGGAGGUGUGGUGCAGCCCAACCAGGCCCAGCCCAGCCUUCUCCUCCUCCUUUCCUCCCCCCCCUCCGGCUCGAACGCGGCGCCGGGGCCCGGCAGGCAGCGAGCGAGUCGGAACCUGCCGACCGGAGGAAGAGGGCGAGAGGCGGGUCCCCGAGAACGGCGGCGGCGGCGGCAAGAGUCACAACUCGGAGGCGGGCCGCCCCGGCUGGGAAGACAAAGGAGGGGAAAAGGCGGCAGCAGCAGCAGCAGAGCUCCGAGGACGGAGUCGCCCGCGGGGCUGAGCACGAUGCGGCGUGGGGCCGCCCGAGGCCGGGAUCGAGGCCUGGCGUGGCGCGGCUAGAGGAGGAGGAGGAGGAGCGAGGGCGGCGGCGGCGGCCGAGGCCUGACGGACUUCCCUUCGACCGAGCCCGCGAUGAUGAUGUGAGGGCCGGAGGGCCGGAGGGCGAAGGCGCCGAGGCUGGGUCGAGCGGCGCAAGGACGCCGGGCCCGAGGCGGCGCCGCGCGGCGGAGGCGAUCCGGGCCCGGGCGAUGGAGACGCACGUCUCGUGCCUGUUCCCGGAGCUGCUGGCCAUGAUCUUCGGCUACCUGGAGGUGCGCGACAAGGGCCGGGUGGCGCAGGUGUGCACGGCCUGGCGGGACGCCGCCUACCACCGCUCGGUCUGGCGGGGCGUGGAAGCGAAGCUGCACCUGCGCCGGGCCAACCCGUCUCUUUUCCCCAGCUUGGCGGCUCGGGGCAUCCGCCGGGUGCAGAUCCUGUCGCUGCGGCGGAGCCUGAGCUACGUGAUCCAGGGCAUGGCGGAGAUCGAGAGCCUCAACCUGAGCGGCUGCUACAACCUCACCGACAACGGGCUGGGCCACGCCUUCGUGGCCGAGAUCGGCUCCCUGCGCGCUCUGAACCUCAGCCUCUGCAAGCAGAUCACCGACAGCAGUUUGGGCCGCAUCGCCCAGUACCUCAAAGGCCUGGAGGUGCUGGAGCUGGGCGGCUGCAGCAACAUCACCAACACGGGCCUCUUGCUCAUCGCUUGGGGCCUCCAACGUCUCAAGAGCCUCAACCUGCGAUCCUGCCGCCACCUGUCCGAUGUGGGCAUCGGGCACUUGGCCGGCAUGACCCGGAGCGCAGCCGAAGGUUGCCUGGGGCUGGAACAGCUGACGCUGCAGGACUGCCAGAAGCUCAGCGACCUCUCCCUCAAGCACCUGGCCCGGGGGCUCACUCGCCUGCGGCAACUCAACCUCAGCUUUUGCGGGGGGAUCUCGGAUGCGGGGCUGCUGCACCUGUCACACAUGAGCAGCUUGCGCACGUUGAACCUACGCUCCUGUGACAACAUUAGCGACACAGGUAUCAUGCACCUGGCCAUGGGCAGCUUACGCCUUUCAGGCUUGGACGUCUCCUUUUGUGACAAAGUCGGAGACCAAAGCUUGGCCUACAUUGCACAGGGACUGGAUGGCUUGCGCUCUCUCUCCCUUUGCUCUUGCCACAUCAGCGACGAGGGCAUCAACCGCAUGGUGCGCCAGAUGCAUGGACUGCGCACCCUCAACAUUGGCCAGUGCGUCCGCAUCACUGACAAAGGCCUGGAGCUUAUCGCGGAGCACCUUAGUCAGCUGACGGGCAUUGACCUUUAUGGCUGUACCCGCAUCACUAAAAGAGGCCUGGAGCGCAUCACUCAGUUGCCCUGCCUCAAGGUGCUCAAUCUGGGACUCUGGCAAAUGACUGAGAGUGAAAAAGUAAGGUGAGAGGAGGGGACACCCGGAGAGCCCCAUCCCGCCGGAAGGAUUCACCAACUGACUGCUGCAGUAGAGAAAAGUGGAGGGGGAGGAGGCGGUAAUCCUCCACGAGGGGUUGGGGGAAGGAAGGGAAAGCAUCUUUCAGCCUUCCAUCCUUCCGAGGUUGGUAAACUGAAGAGCCAGAUUGUUGGGGGUAAUAUGCUGACUCUGUAAACUGCUUAGAGAGGGCUGUAAAGCACUGUGAAGUGGUAUAUAAGUCUAAGUGCUAUUGCUAUUGCUAUCUUGGCUACUUGCCUGCCUCUGUGCCCGCACAAUGGAGGUGAGAGAAAGGGGGACCAUACAGGUAGUUCUCAAGUUAGGACCAUAAUGAAGCCUGCCCAUCGUGGUCAUAACUGCAUGAUGGUUAUAAAGUGGAUCUCCUGAUUUGACAAGCUUCUUUGCAGUGUGGGUCAUCCGAAUCUGUUGUUAUUAAGCAACUCAGUAGUCUUCUGUGGGCUCGGGUUUGCCGAAAACUGGAAGCAAAUGCGGGUUUUUCAGCAAAACUCUUGUAAAAUAGGGUCACGUGACUGCGCCCCCUUGCAAAUCCGCCAUAAAUGCGGCCGGUUGCUGAGCUGAGUACCAUCACAUGCCCGCAGGGGGUGGGUGGCAGCCAGAACUUCGAACAUAGGUCUUAAGUAUACCCCAGUUAGUCCAUUGGAACUUCAAACGGUCUCUAAGCAACUGGUCAUAAGUUGAGGACUACCUGUACUUCUUUUCCUAAUUCCUUCCUCUGCAUUAGAGGGAGACAACUGCACUGUACAGCAGCCUUCCGUGUGGGUGGAUACAGUAUCAUUUUUUUUAUUGGAAAUGCAGCUUCUUAAUCGUUUAUGCACUGGGGAUGGACGCAGCCCCUCUACCCCAAUCUGAUUUCACUUACUUCUGCACUAGGGAUAAAAGAAUCCUACCCUAUACCCUUUCUAAUUUCAUGAGAACCUGCCUUUUAUUGGGCAAAUUGUCUCGUCUUUUUCUAGUCCCUUUCGCCUAUGCUUGUCCAUCAACCCCCUCACCGUGCUUUUUGUAGCGUGCCAUCCUUUUCUUAAUAACGUAGGCAACCUGUAGAUAUCAAAUUGACUUGGGCAUUGCCUUAUACCAACUCAAGCCAUUGGCCUUUCUUAGCUCAACAGACUGGCAGAAAAUUUCCUGUCUGAAAAGGACAAGUCUUUCCUGACCCUAAUUGUUCUACCUCUCCUAAACCCUAGAACUCUUGUGUGUUCCCCCAUUCCCCACUUUUCUGCUUUUUUUCCAAUUUGAGAUUAGAAACAUUAAGCCUUUUUUAUUGAGAAGAGAGGCUUUUCUGAAAUGCCAUUAGUUGGAAUGCCAACUAGAGCAUGUGUUCACUUUGCUCAUUGUUGCUUAGAGGGCCACAUUUCCCUCAGAAACUCAUUUUAUGCUGUAUCCAACCCACAUCAUCACCAUCUUUUCUUUGCUGCUGGAACCAUUACAAAAUUGAAUCAUCUUUUUACUUUUUUUUUAGUUUGUUUCUGUGGCUUCCCCUCCCCCCUACUUAUUUCAUCUUUUGGGGAAACAGAUCUUUUUUUAAAAAAAACAAAAAAACAGCCACAAUUUCAUUUUUGGGAGGAUUGGAGGCAGAGUGAUGGAAUUAAUCAUCACCAGAAAUGCAACAGAAUGCCUUCUACAGCCCUGCAACCCUCCCUCCCUCCCUCCCUCCCUCCCGCCCUUUAUACCUUAGCUGUUUUUAUUUGUUCUCUUAUCCUCUUCAUCCAUGGAAUAAGUUUGAAAGACAGCUGAAGUGGCUACCCUUGUGAAUUUUAACUCAAGUCUACUAUUGCUAUAUAAACAUUUGGCUACCUCGGGUUUGGGUGGUUGUUUUUUUCUCCUUCCCUCAACCUUGGAAUGUUUAUGAGAAAGUUGAAACUGAAAUAUGUUGUGCCUAGACUGGUAAGAUUUCCCCUGGGGUUUAUGAUUUUGGAGGGGGGAAUAGGAAGAGGAGAAGGAAAAGUGACUAGGAAAUUUUGUCCCUGUCUGUCACCUAUAAACUUGAUGCCUCUUCCUUUUUUGACUAGUUUUGGAAACCCACCAGUGCGUUUGUGUUCUCACUCUUAUAGCACAAAGACAUGGAAACACGGGGAUGUCCAAAUUAGUAAUUGGGCAAUGAUGAAAGAAAUGUGAAAGUAGGAACUCUUGUUUCUUUAAAUAUAUGCAAACUCAUGCCUUCCCUUCUCAAAUUACUUUAGAUCAAAGUAGGUAGCUUCCAGUAAGGAAGUGCCCAAAGAGGAGCAAGCAGAACAGACUGACUUGAAGUUGACUUUUGCAACUGCAAGUCAACUUCUGUUCUGCCUUUAAAAUAAAAGCCACUUCUUAAUGCUUGUCUUUAAAGGAGGAUCAAGACAACUUUGAAGAAAGCAAAAUUGAUGGGGGAGGAAGGGCCAGUGUAGAUUCUUCCAGUUCUCUUACAGUUCUAGGAAAUGUGAAAUUUGGAUAAGCCCAGAAACUACAGCCCCCAUCAUGGAAUAAAUGUACUGUUUAUGAAUUUGUAUAAAAUUAAAGAUCCUCUUAAAACA